CCCGGACAUGGACAUGCGCAUUGAGCACAGGGAGCCGGGCCCGGGCAUGGACAUGCGCAGUGCCGCCCCAGGCCGGGCCCGGAGCCUGGGUGUUGCGUAGCGCGGCUGCCGGAGGUGUAGGCGGCGACCCCCCUCCCCCCGGGAACAUGAGCCCGGCCGCCGGCAAGAAGCAGCGGCCGCAGACAGGCCCGCGGGACAGUAGCGGGCGAUGGGCCGACACGGCGCUGCUGUGCGGAGCUUUCCUCGGCCUGGGGAUGGGCAUCGCUGUUUUGGGCCCGACUUUCAAAGAGUUGGCGGUGAAUGUCAACAGAAACCUCAGCGAUAUCUCGUACAUCUUUGCGGGCCGUUCGCUGGGCUACCUAGGGGGCUCGCUGGUGGGCGGGCUGCUCUUCGACCACACGGACCACCACUUGCUGAUCGGAAUCUCCACACUGAUGACAGCGCUGGGCCUGUAUGCUAUCCCAUGGUGUACCAAGAUACCACUGUUGAUGGCACUAAUUUCCCUCAUCGGCUUAUCAAUGGGCAUACUGGACACAGGCGGGAAUCUGCUGAUCCUGACGACCUGGGGUGAGCAAGUGGGACCCUACAUGCAGGCCCUGCAUUUCAGCUUUGCCCUGGGUGCGUUCCUGACGCCGAUCCUGGCCAAGCCGCUGCUGGGCGGGCUGCAGAAGGCGGUGGGCGUGGGCGCGGUCUGGGCGGAGGCCGGGGGCAACCGCUCGGAGACUGGAGCCUGGAGCAGCGUGCGUGAAGCGGCCCUCAGCCUCAGCCCCUUCGUCUGGACCUACCUCAUCAUCGCCACCUUCGUCCUCCUGGUCUCCGUCUCCUUCUUGGUGAUCUACCUGAGGUCCCGCCCCGACCGCGGGGGUCCCGGCCCCUCGUCCCCAGAGAGUCCCUUUGCCCGGCACCACAGUGUGCUGAUGUGCCUUCUCUCCCUCUUCUUCUUCUGCUACGUGGGAGCUGAGGUGGCCUAUGGCGCCUACAUCUUCACCUUUGCCAAAGACUUUGCCAGCAUGGAUGACAACCAGGCUGCCGGCUUGAACUCUCUGUUCUGGGGGACAUUUGCCGCGGUCAGGGGCCUCGCCAUCUUCUUUGCCGCCUGCCUUUACCCGGGGACCAUGAUCCUUCUCAGCGUGGUCGGCUGCAUCGUAGCCUCUCUGGCCCUGGUGUUGUACCAAGCUGACCGCACCGUCCUGUGGCUGGGCACGGGCCUGUACGGGGCCUCCAUGGCCACUACCUUCCCCAGCGGCGUCACCUGGGUCAAACAGUACACGGCCACCACCGGCCGGGGCGCGGCGCUCUUUGUCUUCGGCGCCGCCCUGGGGGAGAUGGUGGUGCCGGCCACAGUGGGUUUCCUGCAGGGCCCCGAGCGCGACGGCGGGCACCCGGUCUUGAUGCUGACCGCCCUGGCAGCCUCCGUCGCCACCGCCGUCCUGUUCCCCGUCAUGUACAAGCUGGCCACCGCCUCCGCCUCCCGCCCGGCCAGGGCCCGCGGCGAGGAUCAGACGGCUCUGCUGGGGGCGCGGGAGGACGAGGACGGGGACGGGGACGGGGAGGAGGAGGGCGAUGGCGAGUGGAACGACGCCGACUUCGAAGUCAUCGAGAUGAGCGACGUGAGGGAUGAGGCCGGAAAGCCCACGGCCGUGGGCAAGGCCAAGGGGCAGCCUUCUCCAGAACGCCCCCCCAUCCCCCCCAUCGCCUAUCUGGGCGGCUCCCCGAAAAAGAAGCUGCUCCUCUUGGAAAGAGAGAAGAACGACUGAACACCAUCUCCCUCCCUCCAGCUUCGGAAACGUUUGCAGGGAAACAGACGGUCGGUCACAAACCCCCCUUGGCCAGCGCGGAAAUAUCCAAUACAACAGCGCCUAGCUUUAACCUGAGAGGGGCAAAGCUUAAAGGAGAUGUGCGGGGCAGGUUUAUUUUUUACACACAGGGUGGUGGGUGCCUGGAACGUGCUGCCAGGGGUGGUGGUGGUGGUGGUGGAGGCAGAUACCACAGUGGUGUUUAGACAGGCACAUGGAUAUGCAGGGAAUGGAGGAAUAUGGAUCACGUGCAGGCAGAGAGGAGAUGGUCUUGGCAUCAUGUUCGGCACAGACAUUGUGGGCCGAAGGGCCUGUUCUUGCGCUGUGCAGAUCUUUAUUCCAAAGCUUUUUGUCCCAUCUGUGCAGCACCCCACAGAAGAAUAUGUGUCUUUAGAGCCUUUAGUAUAAAUAUUUGAUUCUGCUGCUCUUAGAAGGAAUAUCGGAGACUGUGAAUGUGCAAAGAGGUUGCUUGUAAUUGUGUGAUGAUCAUUCAGGCCAAAUUAGCAGAAGGGUGCCUCUUAUUGGCAUUUUUGUUUUUUAAUUCCGGAAAGAAUUUUAACCCUUUGCAUGACAAUUUGGUGCUUCUGGAAAAACUGUGGGCAGUCUUUCCGGCUAAAGUGGAUGGAGGGACUGGACAUUUGGGACAUCAAUAAUUCAACUGAGAAAACAAUCAUGAAGAUUCAUAUGUAAUAGUAGUAUUAGGCCAUUUAGCCCAUCAAGUCUACUCUGCCAUUCAUUCAUGGCUGAUCUAUCUCUCCCUCCUAACUAGAAGGAACUUUCAAGAGAGAGCUAGAUAGGGCUCUUAAAGAUAGCGGAGUCAGGGGAUAUGGGGAGAAGGCAGGAACGGGGUACUGAUUGGGGAUGAUCAGCCAUGAUCACAUUGAAUGGCGGUGCUGGCUGGAAGGGCCGAAUGGCCUCCUCCUGCGCCUAUUGUCUAUUGUAACCGGUAUUUAAAACUAGGCUGAGGAAUAGUACACGGUAUUGUGUGGAAAACAUAUUGAUUCUGGGUCCCUUCGGGUGCAGUAAAGAUGAAAUCUUUCAAAUGCGUGGCUGUGUAAUGCGAGGUACAGGUUUGUGGGCACAUGAUCUUUUUGUGAGUCCCGACUCGAAAUGCUCCCCAGAUGAUGCCGUCCCGCUGAGUUACUCCAGAGAACAUUAUUUAUCGAGUCUGCCGACCAUCUUCUGUGCAAUGUACUGAGAGUUUGGGGAAAAUAUUUUUGAAAUGACGUUAGUAAAAUGUGCAAGAGGAUGGCACAGUGGCGCUGGGGCAGAGUUGCUGCUUUACAGCCCCAGAGUACAGGGUUCCAUCCUGACUUCGGGUGCUGUCUGUGUGGAGUUUGCACGUUCUCCCCCAGACCUGUGUGGGUUUUCUCCGGGUGCUCCGGUUUCCUCCCACACUCCAAAUACGUACAGGUUUGUCGGUUAUUUGGCUUUUGGUAAAAUUGUAAAUUGUCCGUAGUGUGUGUACGGUAGUGUUAGUGUGCGGGGAUCGCUGGUCGGCACGGACUCAGUGGGCCAAAGGGCCCCUCUUUCACGCUGUAUCUCUAAACUACACUAGACUCCCAACAAAUAGCCAGUUUGAAUCUAAAGGCAUGUGUCCAUCAUCAAGCCAUCCUGUGUCCCAGUUCUAUUGUGAGGACAUUAAUCUGUCUGUGUUUGUGUUACUUAUGCAUUCACUGGAGCAUUAGGAGAAAUGUUGGCAUUUUUCAGUGGUUUGGGCUGGAGCCCAUGCAACAUGUUGCGAGGCACAAGGCAGAGCAGCUGCCGGUUUACAUUGCCGCUCCAUGUCCAUUGAAAAUAAACCAAGAAUUUCAUAUUCCUUGGGAGUAAAAUUAUGUUGCCAUGGUUGCAAAGAAAUUGGUCUUUGAAUUCUGGUUACGGGUAUUUCCUUAUUGUAAUACGUCAUUCCAGUAUCACGGUGAAUGAAAAUCAGAAUUAGUGGGGAAAAGGUGUUUCAUCUGUUGAGACGGCUUAGUUGUGAGAGAUGAUUUGUUGGGGUUUUGGGACAAAUAUUUGGCCCACUUUCCCCAGAGCUGUUUUAUAGUUUCUCCUCAGGUACUUUGUAAAUGUGAGAAUCCAGACAAACCCUGGCGCAUAUAUCUGGGUGGAGCCUGGUGUGAAAAACGCACACUUAAGAAUAAGGAGUAAGCCAUUUAGAACGGAGACGAGGAAACA